AUGGAUACACAAGGUUCUUUUGAUAGCACUAGUACUGUGUGUCAUUGUGCCACAGUUUUCGCUCUGAGUACAAUGUUGAGCAGUAUCCAAGUUUACAAUAUACAUGGUAAUAUCCAAGAAGAUCACCUCCAACAUCUUCAUCUGUUCACUGAAUAUGGUCGGUUAGCAUUAGAGUCAGAAGUUUCUGGGUCUCCAUUUCAGCAUCUGUUGUUUCUUGUUCGUGACUGGAGUUAUCCUUACGAAUAUAAUUUUGGAAAAGAUGGUGGUAAUCAGUUGCUCGAUAACCGUCUCAAGAUUGUUCAACAACACCACACAGAGCAUCAAACUGUUCGUUGGCAUAUUCGAUCGUGUUUCUCUCAGGUGGAUUGUUUUCUAAUGCCUCAUCCUGGUCUUAAAGUUUCAACUAAUCCGAAGUUUGACGGGCGAGUGAAAGACAUUGAUCCCAGUUUCGUUGAAAAUCUCAUAGUUCUGGUCCCUGAUCUCUUAGCUCCAGUCAAUUUAGUUGUCAAAAAAAUAAAUGGCCAGGAAGUUACGUGCCGUGAAUUAUUUACUUAUUUCAAAGCAUACAUAAAGGUUUAA